AUGGCCACAACUGGGUCUCAAGAACCUCAGAGUCUGAUCGCCAUUGCACCAGCACCUAAUGAUGGGGCGAACCGUUCCAUCGUUCAGGGACCCUUAGCACCCCAAACCUGCCAGGCUUGUGCACGACGCAAAGUGAAAUGUGACAAAGCCUUGCCAGUGUGUUCCAGCUGCCGCAAGACUAGGAUUGAGUGUACCUAUCAUAUACCACCAACUCGUCGGAAGAGAAAGCCAGAUAGCGAUGUUUUAGAAAAGCUAGCGCGGUAUGAACGCAUUCUGCGAGAACACGACUUGCUGGACCACAUUUCGUCUUCCAAUAAUUCUGGCUUAGGUUUGAAUGAUCCAAUAUUUCUCCAUUGGAACAAUGAUGGCAUAUCUGAAUCCAAGUCCAAUCCGGCUGAUCGAAGCAAGUCAAACUACAUAAGCAGCAACAUCUGGCGUAAUCUUGGUGGUGAUGUGAUGCAGUGCAUUUCUGACAGUGAAGGACAUGGCAAUGAACAGCUGCUGGAUAAUACAGGAAGAAUCUCACAGGACCCUUUGACCGGCGCAUUUUUGGAUUCUGAACAAAGUCGCUUCGAAUAUCAUCCCGAUUACGCAACUGCCAUGCUUCUCUGGAAAGCAUACAUUGAGAAUGUUGAGCCUAUUUGCAAAAUCGUGCAUAUGCCAACCACAGAAAAGAUCAUCGAGACGGCUUCAAGAAAACAAGAAUUUGCAACAAAAUCUGAGCAGUGUCUUGCAUUUGCCGUGUACCAUUUUGCAGUUGUUUCCAUGACUGGAGCAGAUUGCUUCGAAAAGUUUGGCCAGAGACGCGAGCUUUUAGUGCAGCAAUAUAAUGCCGCGACGCGCCAGGCUCUUGUCAACGCCUCAUUUCUAAGAACAACAGAUCUAUCGAUACUGCAAGCACUUGUGUUAUUUCUUCUCGCUUGUCGAGAUUCAUACGACUCCAACACGUUCUGGAUCUUAACAGGUGUUGCAGUUCGCAUUGCACAACGUAUGGGACUUCAUCGAGAUGGCGAAGAAUUAGGAUUAGCGCCAUUUGAUAUUCAAAUGAGACGACGACUCUUCUAUCAACUACUUCCCCUCGAUGGAACUGCCAGUCAAAUGGCAGGAGCUGGCAUAAAAGUGGCCCCGGAGGUUUGGAAUACAAAAAUGCCUCUCAACAUAAAUGACAAUCAGAUUUGGCCCAACAUGUCCGAACUGCCAUUAGAGCACAGUCGCGCCACGGAAAUGAUUUUCUAUCUAUCCCGCUUGUCUACGGGGCAGCUGAUAGCCAAGUCGAGAGGGAUAAUUGGAGGGAGGAGUGUCCAGAACGCCGAUACACAAGAAGCAGAACUAUAUAUCGAUCGAGCAGAGCGAAAGCUAGAGGAGAAAUACAUUCGGUACUGUGAUGUUGCUGACCCACUCCACUUUCUUACCGUUGUGCUGUGCCGGUCUGGAAUAGCCACCAUGCGUCUUCGAGUGGGACUUUCCAGGAUCAAGAAUCAGACGGCUACGGAUUUCGAGAGGAAAACGACCUUUGAACUAGCAUUGAAGAUUGUAGACAAUGAUUCAUCGGUCUAUGCUCAUUCGGAGCUUGUCAGGAAGUAUCGGUGGUACGUGAGGCCGUUCUUCGUGUGGGGUAUGUGGGAUUCGUUGACUUUGCUUCUCAUGACUCUAUGGAAAAGGGGCGAUCUCCUCUCGCAUGAAGAAACUGUCAUGACAUGGACAAAGCUGGAGCGAGUAUUCAAGAAUCACAAAGAACUUAUCGAAAAUGAGCGAGCGCUAUAUGUGGCAUUUGGCAAGGCGGCACUGCGGGCUUGGGAUGCUAACGCACUCAGCAACGAGCUGCCUGAGCCUGCAUUCAUUGUACAUCUACGCCCACAAAGAAAAGGCAUAAAAGGUGGAAAGCAAGACCAAAGUGGUGAUGAAAGAGGGAACGAUGCUCAAACUACGACAGCGAUGACGAUGGACUCCCUGUUAGAGAGUGACGCGAGCCAGCUCUUUGACGCAGGAUCCCAGGAUAUGACUCUUGUUGCAGGAGAUAGUUUCGAUCUAGAAGGCUCGGAUUGGGCAUUCUGGGACCAGUUGAUUCAAAAUAACCAAAUUUGA